UGUACAAUACUUCAUAGCAACAAUUUAUUGUUUAUUUUCUCCGCCAUGCUCCUGCAUGUAUGUCUAUACAAACGGCGUCCUGGCCAGUUGAAUCCUUUUUUGUUUUGUUUGGCGUGAACUUGAUCAUACUUCAUUAUACAGGUACGUGUAAAUUCAAAUAAUAUUAUUUACUAGCGUUCGAUAAAGUAAAGCCUAUAGAAACUCGUCGCUUCUCUCUUCAAUGUAUCAGUUGGGAUACAGAGACUUAAUUAAACGGCUUUGAUGAACGGCGAUUUCCCUUUUUCCGUUUCCGAUAGACGGGCGUUUGCAAUCCAGCAGUCACGUAAACCGGUAGUAUUCCGUACAUACUUCCUGUAUCUUCUAAUCAUCCCUGUGGCCAGUUCCCACAUUCUUAUAAGUCUUAUGAUUGUUUUUUAAUGCGUGCAUAAUUGUAAUAUAGUGUAAAAAAUACUCCGGUUUGUAAUGCAUAUGUUGGUGUAUAAUUAAAGGAUAAUUGUGACCCAAGGUCAAUUGUUUCUCAAUAAAAACAUUUAACUAAAUUACUAUCAAAAACUGUAUAGUGGUUCGGACAAAUAUGUAUAAACCAACUCUGGAAGGAAACAAUAUAGUAUUUUUGGUACAAAAAAUGUGUUAUUAAUAAUUGUAUCUAAUAUAUCAACGUCAAUACAGUCACGAAAUGUAUUGUUCUAUACAUUCAUGAAUCAUGAGUGUAACUGUAGUAUGAAGAUCUUUUUAUUAGAUAAAUCUAGUUAUGUGUAUCUAAUAGAAUGUUAACAAGUUGACUGCCACGGUAUUUUUAUAGAGCUUUCCUCAUACCAGAAUAGGUACUCACUAUGUUUGUCACAUACGCUGUUGUAUUUUUGGACAUUAUAACAUGGGCCAUUCGUUUUUUCAUCAUAUUUCAUAAAAUUUUCUUAUUGUUAUUGUUUAUUUAUAUCAUUUUAAUAAUAUGUAUAAGAAAAAUAAACCUAUUUGGAGUGAGUACCAUAUAUUAUACUCAAUGCCUAUUGUAUCAUAUUAUUCAGUUAUACGUUCAUUUUCAUUUUAUUUGUCAUUGCGUUGUGACCGUAUUUAUUACAAUGAAUGACGACAAAAUUGUUGAAGCUAUUUAGUCAUCAGAUGAGUUUUCUGAAUUUGAUAAUGGUGAUGCAGAUCCAGACUUUGCUUUGGUAAAUAUUGCUUAGUUUAUAAUAUUUUUUUUAGUUUGUGCAAAUAUUGAGUCGUAGACUACUAAUUCUACUAAAUACUAGUCUAUUAAAUGCAUUAACAUUAUUUACUACUGUGACUGGUCAUAAAAUGAGUGACAGAAUUUAGAGAGAAUAUAGUUCAAGCUUUAAUAAUGAAAGCCAACAUAUCAAUGAUACUCAAACCCAAUGAAGGAGAAAUUCAUAAACUUGUUAAUUCUAAUCGUGGUAGAUGUUCAAAUUGUUAUUUUGAAAUGGUUCAACAAGGUGGAAGGAAUCGCGCGCAAAAAAUUACACGUAAAGUACAAACAUUGUGUCCAGGUUAUUCUAAACAUUUCUGUUUGGAUUGUUUUUUCAAAAUACAUUCAACAAAAAAAAAAAUAAUAAUAAUUUUAAGAAUUUUAUUAUUAUUUUUUAAGCUGUAUUUAAUAUAUUUAUGUUUGAUUUAUUGAUAUUUUUACUAAAAAAGGUUAAUGAGUACUCGUAUAAUAUUAAUACGAGUUGUCUAAUUUUUUUUUUAUAAUAAUUACAUUUUUAUUUUAAAAAAAACAUUACAUUUGAGCGCUGUUUGCACUAUUCAGCUUGACAUUUUUUCCUCUUUCUAUUCCAAUAAACAAAUUGAGCAUCAGAAAUGGUUCUCAAUGAUGUAAUCACGAAAAAUAGGGAGUACCACAAUUGACCCUCAAAGCCUAAGAGUUAAACGGUGUGAGUACCAGAAUUGGUACUCAAAAGCACGUAAAACAAAUAUGAUUAAAAUAUUAAGGCCUAUAAUACAAAUCACGUGAGUAUCAAUUAUGGUACUCGUGGCAGUCAACUUGUUAAAAUUCUGGUAUUUUUUUUUAAAUUGGCAAUCGGCUUGUUUAAGGUAAUGAACAUAAUAGAAUAAAUUGCCUAAUAUAAAAAUGAAAAAAUACAAAAUAACAUUGCUAACCACUGCCCUGUUAUAUCAUAUUAUUUGGCUUGUUUUAUUAAAACAUAGAAAGAUAUCUGUUUUCUUUUUUUUAAAAAACUGGCUAUUUCUUUAUCUCUUGGUACAUCAUAUUUUAAGUGAUGUUAUAUAAUUUUAGAUAAACCAUGUUAAAAUAACCACAAUUAUAUUAUCAUUUCUUUUGGAGAGAGAUUCUUCUAGCUGUACAAUAUAUAUCCUAGACUUUACAUUUUCCUUUCGUUAUAGUUGAUCGCUGGUUGUCUUUAGAUCACAUAUUGGACUGAUCUCAGGUAUUAUAAUAAUAUUUUAUAAGAAUACAAAUUAUUAUUAAAGUAGACAAAAAUUUAUACACUACAAUCUUGUAAAACAAAUAUUAAUUCUAAAGCUUUAUCUCAAUAUGUAUGAUAUAUAUUUCUAUGGAUCAUUAUACAAUAUGUAUAUGUAUAUAAGUUAUAAACUUAAAUUAUUUUAUCAAAUAAGUUAACGUAUUCAUUCUCGUUUAAAAAAUAGUGAUAAAAAUUAGACUGCUGAAUAGUAAUUUUGAGUCUUGUUUGCCGAAUGAUUGCUCUAUCACAGAGCUAUCUGGUAGGUAUCUGACUUCUAACACUAUUUCUGCUGGAUUUAAUCGAUUUAACAUCCUGGGUUUUGUACAGUUGAUGGUGGGGGCCAUGUCAAAGUACAUUUUACAUCCUACUUACUUUUAUUAGUUUAUAUUAUUAUUUACCUAUUGAUGUUUAUCAUUAAUAUUCAUUGCCAAUUUAUUGUAAAUAAUGUACUUGUUGUAUUAGUGUUAUAGGUACUUUUUAUCCAACAGAACGCUUCACCAUCACAGUUUUACGGACUAUGUAGGCUGCUUGUGUCCAGUGUCUAACGUUGUCAUUGCACAUUAGAAUUUUUGGAAGGGGUAUCAAAAUUGUAAUUUGUUCACAUAUUGAAAUCUAUUAAAGUAAGUUUGUUAAUUCAUUAAUUUAAUUAUAGUUUUAAAUUUAAAGAUUUUUUAUAUUCUGUAUACACUAUACACAUAUACCACUGAGGAUUCCAAGUAAUAAUUUAGUAUAAAGAACUUGGUGCCUUUUAAUUACACUGGGUCAAUAAAUACAGAUAUCAUUAGAUUUAGAUAGGUGCCUAAUUUUAAAACGAUAAAAUUAUAUGUGUAUACAAUUUUAGACCCUUAUUAUUUAAAGUUUAAAAUUGAUUAAAAAAUAAAAAAUGUAAACUUAAGUUUAUGUACUUUUUCAUUAUUGCAUUUUCCAUACUAUUGAAUAAAAAUAAUGCAUGUGUACUAAGUUAAUAGACGCUAUUUGAAAUAACUAAAUAAAUUAUAAUUUUUAUUCUCAAGCUACAGUAGUAUAAGUUAGGUAAGUAAUAAUAGGCUUUUGAAGUUCUGAUAUUAUAUGUUAUGUUAAAUAACUAUAUAUUUAAAUUAUAUCUGUCGAAGUCUAAUAGUAAUAAAUACUUUUUGUCAUCCUAAGGAUUGCGAAUUCAAUCCUGGGUUUCAAAAAACAUUUUUUGAAUUUAUUUUUCCCCUUUUACUUAAACAGGGAAAAAAAGUAAAUGCAUUUUAGGUGUACCCAGAGACUCAGCUAUCACUUGCUUGGACUAUUUUACUCAAAAAAUAUCCCUCUAUUUAUUUUCUGCCUAUUAUCUUGCUCCGAAUUUGAAGUAUAGCCUUUUUUGAAGGAAAUCAGACUUGGGCAGUACUUUGGGAAAGUAAUUUUUCGAUUUGCUCCAUAUUUUUUUCAACAAUUGGAAUAAAAUGGGAAUAUGUACAAAAUGUAUUAGUAAAAUAUUACUGUUUUUUUUUUUUUUUUUUUUUCCCAGUAGAUUACUUUUUUACCAGCAAUUUUGCUUCGGUUUAUAGUGUUUGCACUCUUUCUGAAAAGUACCAACUUAGUCAGAUUUCCUUUCAGAAAAAGUGUUAUAAUUGAAAAUCUGAGCCAAAAUUGCGAAUAGAAAAGUUGUCUGCAGAAAAUAAAAUAAAAAAUAAUCAUUGUAAAACUACUUCAUUCCUCACUCUGCUCUAAGUCUAAAAAGUAUCGACUAAAAGAAAUUCUUAAUAUGAUUAAAGGAAAGGUCUCCAAAAGUUGAAAUAGAUUCUGAAGAUAAAGUUUUAAGUUCGGUUAAAACCUAAGUUUUUUGUAGAAUUUGAUUGGAAAUAAUUUGUUCCAUGUAACCUUUCUUGAUACUUAGCUGUUUACACAUUUUCUUUUUACCCUUCUUUUCAUUUUCAUAUUUUUAUGGCAUUUUUUAGCAAAAUUUUAGGACACAUUAUAGCGCUUAUUUUAAGAUCUGUUAGAUCAUAUUAUAGUGCAUAUAUCAGUUAUUUUUAGUACUAUAAAAUCCUAGCCCUGGUUAUCAUUCGUACUGAGUAAUAUUUUUUCCAAACGUAUCGUGAUGCACUUUUUUACUGUCAGUCAAAGACAAACUAAUAAUCAUUAAAACGAUUUCAAAAUUUGAUAACUUCGAAAAUAUUUCAAAACAAAAAAACCUGGGAGAUUAUUCACCCUGUACAAGUGCUAAAUAAGGUUAGAUAAAUAAUAAUGUAUUGUAUAUUUUUUUUUUUUUAAGAAUAUAUCUCCUAAAGUAACAAAAAAGUUUGAAUCAAUAACUUCAGGUAUUUUGGCGUCGUCUAUGAAAAUGUCAAAUUUCUACUCUUUUAAAGAGAUAAAAAUAAAAGUUGGAAAAAGUGAAAUAUGGCCUUUUUUGUCCCAGCAGGUGUUCCAUUUUGUUAAUUGUUUUACUUCUUCAAAUAUAUUAAAAUUUCCACAUUUGUAAAAUGAUUUAUCUUAUUAAAAUAAAAGUUGAAUUUUAAUGUGAACACAGAAGUGUUAUGGAUUGAAAAAAUAAUUAAUACUUUUGAUUUAUUAUUUUUUUAGAAAUCCACCAUGAGUUUUCCUGAAGAUGGAUAUAGAGCUAUGUUAAAUAGUUUUCGGACUAAUGAUUUUCAAGCAUUGCUUGGAGCCUUUGGUCGAAAUAAAGCGGGUAGAAAAAAUGAAUUAAAAGAACGUGCAAUGGAUUUGUUAAGAAAUAGACCACCACCCGGCUUUAAUCAACAAGCUUAUUGUCAAAAAAUUAUGGAAAUUUUUCGUUCCAUGCAAAGUGAUGUACCUAAUAAUGAUAUGUUGCGUAGUUUGGUUCAAAAUCAGCAACGCCAAAUAGUUACUUUGCAAUCUCAACAUCAAAGAAUCUUUCCACCACCCCAAUAUCCACAACAGCCUAUGCAUUUAACUCGGGCUGGAUUACCCCAGGUUGUGCCACAUAUGUCAAGAGGCAUAUAUGGAAAUAAUAUGGGCGUAAAUAACGGUAAUAUUCAGUAUAGUUAUCAACCGGUUCUUUCUCGUAACAUGCCUCAGGUAUCUUCAGGUCAACAGCUUAACUUAAUGGCAGAUUCAAUGGUUUAUGAUAUGAAUGCUCCUGGGUGUAGCAAUACUUACAAUCAACUGUCUCAUUUUACAUCAAUGAAUAACAUCAAGUUUAGAAAAUUGCCAUUUUUUGAAGUGAUGAGUGAAAUUAUUAAGCCAACGAUUUUAAAUAGUCAAGAUAGAUGCACCCUGCCAAACGUUUCCAGAGGUACCAAUUUGUUAAGAUUUUAAGCAUUUAUAGUUUAUAUUUAUCUAUAAGCUAAUGAUACCAAACAUUCCCUGUUAUUUAUCUAUCCCUUAUCUUCUAUUAGAUAAGAAUAUUAAUCAUUGUAAAUCUGUAUCUAAUUUUCAAAAAAUUAGCCUUUGUAGUCUAUAAUAAUUUUGGAUGUGCACUACCAUUAUGUUUAGUACAGCCUAAUUAUUGGACAUAAUGUGAGCAUGGGUGCUUUGUAAUUUGGUCUAUUUGUGUCAGCAUUAUGAUUGUUAAAGCAGGAAUUCGUAUUUCCUUAGUGUUUUCGAAAGUUAUGUGACAUUGAAGUGAGAUUCCCUCAAUUCAUGCUAUAUCAGAUUUUAAAGAAUUAGGAUAUAAGCUAAUAAAUCAAAUAUUUAAAUGCAUCUGUAUCUAACACAUAGUAUCUUAUUUGAAGAACGAAUAAAAGUGAAAGAUAGCAUGUUGUUUUUUCGAUUUUCUGUAUACAAUAUCAAUAGCAACACGGCUUCACCAUGGGAUGGAAAAAUACCUGUUUUGUUUAACCAUUAUUUAACGAACGGUUUGAAUUGUAAGUUAGUGGUGUAAACAAUACUUUUUAUUUUGUCUCUUUUCUUUUUUAUGUUGGUUAAAUACAUUUAAAGCUGAUUUCAGUUCUUUUUAGCGAAGGUUGGUAACAAAAAACCAAAAUAGUUUGUUUACUCCACGUGAGAAGUUUUUCUUGUUUUUUUGAACCAGUUCAGUAGUUAGUGUAUUGUAAACAAAAUUCUGUUUUAUAUUGAAUUUUGAGUGUUUCAAAAUUAAAAAAAUGUAUUUCAUAUACUUUUUCCUAAUUAAAACAAUGUUAUAAUUUACAAGUUUAAUUCAUUAUUUACCGUAAAAACUAUGGCUUUUUGUUUGUAGAUUCCAGUGUAGCAAAAGAGCUAUUAAUUUAGAAUCCUGUUUAUUUCUUUUUCUUCUUUCUUCUAGAAUGUGUACACGUGUUUUCCUAGUAUACUGGUUUUUAAUAAGUCGGGUUGUUUUUUGAUUUUCGAAUUGUUUUUCGUAUUAAUCUAGAUUUUUCCAGAUCUAAGAAAAAUGUACCAUUUCACAAUAUCAUUAUUUUACUUUAAUACAGAAAAGUGCUUUAAUUAAAAAAUGACAAGAAACCCUUUUUUUUCAUUGUUCAUCUUGUUUCUUAUGGCACAAAUCUUUUUUUGAUUUAAUAUUAAUUUGGAAAAAACCAGAAGAAAAUUGAAGUUGUUGUUUUUCAGUAAAAAUAUUUAUAGUGACUUGAAAAAUGGACAAAAUGUUUAUAAUUUUAGCUAUAAUUGUAUUUGCUAUAUAACCAUCAGAAGUAUAAAAUAAAAGAUUGAUGAAAGAGAUGAUAUAACAAAGUGUCUUAUUCUCCUGGACAACAAGAAACCAUAUUUUUAAUUUUUUUUUUUUUAAUAAGCAUUUUGAAAUCAAAAUUAAAUAAAAAUUGCAAAAAAAAAAUUACGGCACUUCAAAUUAUGUAUUACUAAACUGUGCUUGGAAUCAUCUUUUUUCAGUAAUGGUUAGGUUGCCUACACAUACUAGGUAUGGCUGCACCCAUACCUAGUUUUUAUUUAUCAUAAGUCAAUAAGUAUUCUCAAACUGAUUGUAAUUUUGUUUUUAAAAAUAUUAAUUUAUUUUAAACAUUUUAGAUGUGAAGGAAGUAACUUACAAAUUUCAAUUGUCAAGUAAGCACGCUACUGAAAUUGGAAUGAAUCGUGAUUUGUCUCAAGGAAAGACAGAAUAUCCUGUUCAACUGCAGGCUCGAAUCUGUUAUUUGGAACCUGGGAAUCUUGAAAUACCUGAUUGUUUGCCUAUUGGACUUAGCAUUAGGAUUAAUGGCAAAGGUAUUCCAUUACCACCAACUUCUGCUAAUGCUAGACCUGGAACUGAAGCUAGGCGGUCUCCAAGACCUAUCAACUGUAGUCAUUUUAUUAAAAUCAAUCCAAAUCUUCAAAACACAAUUACUGUAAAUUGGACUCCAGAUACGAAAACAUAUGUUAUUGGCGUGAAUUUGGUUAGAACAUUGAGUUCAGAUACUUUGAUAAAAAGACUUCAAGAGAAAGGAAAAAGAAGUUCAGAAGAAACAAAAAAUUAUAUAAUUAAAAAGUUGGCAAAUGAUGAUCCAGAUUUAGCCACUACUUCCUAUCGUGUUUCCUUGGUGUGCCCAUUGGGUAAAAUGAGAAUGAAGAUGCCUGCAAAAUCUAUUUAUUGUGAUCAUGUGCUUCAGUGCUUUGAUGCAAGUAUAUUCAUUUUAAUGAAUGAGAAAAAACCAACUUGGACGUGUCCUACUUGCAAUAAAAACUGUUGGUAUGAUGAUAUACAAAUAGAAUCUUAUUUUAUGGAUAUUAUUUCAAGUCCUGCUCUUACUGAUUCUUGUAAGGAAAUUGAAGUAUUAGCUGAUGGUACCUGGAGAGUUUAUGAAGAAAGUAAAGAUACUACAGAUAAAACUCCUAUGAAUAAUAAAGAAAAACCUAUAGAUUCUGUGGAUUUAGAUGAUAGUGAUGAUGAAACACCAGUUGAAAAAACAGAUCCUAAACUAGAAUUUUCUAAAGAAACUAACGACGUGGCUUUAAAAUCGUCUUUUAUAGACUUGACAUUAAGUGAUGACGAUGACGAGGGCACAACAAGAUCUAAACAAGAAAAUGAGGCUCAGGCUGCUAAUGCUGCACAGAUUCCAACUGCUGUAGAUAAAAAACCACAAGCACAGGUACAGCCUAAACAGGCUGUUACCAGUUCAGAGCAAGGUGAUGUGAUUGAAAUAGACAGCCCAACUCCACCAUCAAGUCCAGCAUUACCUUCUACCCCAUCUUAGUUUGUUUAUUUAAUAUUUGUUCCUUUUAAUAACAAACAAUUUUAUUUAUAAGUCAUUUUUACAAAACUUUAUUAUAUGAUAUUACAUACCUCAGUAGAUAAUACACCAAAUAUUUUAUAGUAUUCCAAGUCUAUACAUUUCAUUAAGUUAAAUUUAAUUGCUUUAAUUUAAAUUACUGUUCAAGUUCUAAUGAAAACACGAACUAAAUUUUUCUAUCAAUGUUGUCAUUUGACUAUAAAAUAAUUGAUUUUUUCAUAUUUAUAGGUAUUAAAUUCAUGCCGGGUUAAAUACAAAUAAAUUGUUUAUAAUAAUAAUUUUUAAUUGCAAACAUCUGACAUUAUAAUUUCCAAUAAUAUAACAUUAUAAGUUUGCUCACCUCCUAUAAGCUAAAGAUUGUGAUGGAGGUGAGAGGUUCCUAAAAUAUUCAAUAUAUAAAUAUAUACAAAAUACUAGAGAUAUGACAAAUUGAUUUUCAAACUGAAAAUGGCAAAUUAUUAAACCCGAUAGUUAGGUUUGAAAAUUAUCUAAUGCUGAUUCUGCAAGGUCACCAAUAUAAUAUUCUAUGGUGGGACAAAGCGACCUUGUUACACAAAGAAAGUUCUAUUUUUUUUCACAUUGGUGGGUCUCAUAAUCAUAAAUCACGAUAUAAUAAAUAAUCAUGUACCUAUAAUUUCAAAUUUGAUUCCUAUAAAUAAUAAUGCAAUAAUUACAACUUUUUGACCUAACCUAAUUUUUUUUACUUUUUUAAUGCUUGAGUUUAAUAAAAUAUUAUAAAGUUCGGUUUGAGUUCGAAUAAAAAUGUGAACUUCGGGUUCUUUAAUUUUAAGAAAAGUUUGGUUCAACCUUAAAAAUCAGGGUUUGUAACAUCUCUUAAAAAUAAUAAUAUUAACAAUAAACUAAUUUUAUUGGUUACUUUUUACAGAAUUAGAAAUAUAGUAUUAUAAAUUAUAAAACCAUAACAAAUUAUUGUCUCAAUAAACAAUUGAUAAUUGUAUCUUCAAGAAAAGUGUUAACUAUAUAAUAAUUUAUUGGUUAAUUAAAUGUUUAGUAUACAUUUAUGCAACUUAAUAUUAAUCAAAAAACAGACUUUAAUCUAUGAUUAUAAUUUACAAUUAUAACUUGUAAGUGAAUGAUGAAAAUGUAAACUUAAAGAAAUCCAACUAAGAAUUUAAAAAUCUAACCCAUGUUUCUCUUAAAACAUGCCCCUUAAAACCUAUUUUAAAAUAUUCUCAAAAAACAAACACUAUUGUUCAAAGUAAUGGUAUAUACCAGGGGUAGCCAACUUGUAACUCUUAUCAUAUUUACAAAAAUUAAAAUUUACUUAUUUGUUAAUAUGAAUUUUAAUUUUUUUUCUUAUACAUUAAUAAAAAAAAAAAAAUGUUUUCAUUAUAUAUAUAUAUAUAUAUAAGACUUUAGAAUACAGAUUAUUAAAUAAAUAUUAAGCUAAAUUUGUUUGUGUGGUAUUUUUUUCAUGUCUACUUUUUUAGUAAUCUUUUUAAAAUCUGGUUCCAUUGAUGUAAGAGCAGUUCUCAGUAAUUCUGUGAGAUAAUCAUUAGUCAAAUUUAAACGAUAUUUCAACUUAAUUAUUUUCAUUGUUGAAUAAAGCGAUUUAUACAAACAUCAAAAAUUGUUAGAAAACUUGUAACCUAAUCAAAACAAAAUAAUAUUGAACUAAUAUGUAAUUUAAUAAUAUGUUUUUUAGGCUGUUAGCUAUCGUUAUUUCUUUUGUGUUUUAAAAGUACAAAUUAUAUAAAGUUAUACAAUUUUUUUUCAAAUAUUUUGGCUCUUGAUAUCAUUGCAUUUAUAUAUGUGGCUGCGAAUAUAUUCAUGUUGACCACCCCUGGUAUAUACAGAUGCUUGAUAUACGAGUGAGACAUGGUCAGUUAAAAAAUAGUUUCUAAAAAUCUUUCGAAAGAAAAAAAAUUUCCUUUAUAGUGUUUUUAACUAUUGACGAACCAAGAAAAUAUACGUAAUAAUUUUAGAUUUUAUGUAUUUUUUUGCAAUUCCCUAAAGUAAAAAUAACCCUAGAUACAUAAAAUUUGAACAAAAUACUUAUAUUAAUCUUGUUAAAUUUAGUAAAAUAUUUAGAAUAUUUACUAAAUAAAUGUAAUUUUAUAGCAAUAAAAAAGUUAUUUAAAAUAAGUUCAUGGCUGCUUACAAUUAAGCACUUUUUUUAUAUCAAAAUAGUAAUUUAAAAACAAAGAAACCUAUAAUUCAAGAAUUUCUUUUUACAUAGGUAAUUUAAAUAGACUACAAAUCGUAAGGAGGGUACUACAUUGAUAUUUCUUGUCUCUGUGUAUAAGAUAAAUUCUGAUAUACUAUAUAACAAAAAUUCUUUGAAUUACCUAAGUACAACUGUAGUAAGAGUCACCAACAGGCCAAUGAAAGCAAAUGAGCUGAGGCAGCACAAUGUAAAAUAAAUUUAAGGUUACCUGGCCUACACAGACAGAUAGUCUCCGAAUCAGAUAGGUUAAUGUAGUGAUCGGGGAACAUUUAAGUUUAUUUAAAUAAUUUUUUUAUUUUAAAUUAUAAUAAAGGCUUCCAUAUAUUAU